GUGAAGAAGAGAAUGCAAGUCGAUGUUAGGUCUGCUACGGAGGGUUGAGUGCGUAUGCAUGUAAGAGUGAAUCGGUGCGUUUAAAAAAUCAGUAAUUUUUACUCGAUUGAUACGCACGCAGAAAUUUUCACAAGUAUUUUACUGAGAAAUCAGUUUGAAAAUCAUUUUUUUGUGAGAUACAAAUUGAAGAAAAAAAGUACUUUAUAAUGGGGGAAACUUAUGUGUGUUGUUAAAGUGUGCAAAGUUAAACCAAAAAAAGUUGGUGAAACUGAACUACUGAUAAAGAUGAACUUUCCCUCAAAAGUUUAAAGUACGCAAAGCACAAGACGAGACGCACUUAGUUUUUGUGAAAACUGUGACAAGUGUGUGGCCAAGUGACAGCAAAUAAGCUCCGUCUCCAGUCGUCUCUCGUCUAUUACGACAGUCGUACAAGGAUCGAAAUGGCCGACUACAUACAUAAUUCUGAGUCGAGCCUCAUCCAUCAUCUCUUUUUAUCAACCUGAAUGAGCUCCAUUGCUCAUCCCAAGAUAAGAGUGGACAAUCUUAUCUCACUUUCUCCAUCAUCUUCUUCACAAUUCUAGUACGCGGCCAAGACUCCAACAAAAAUACUACUUUUUAGCCUGGAAUAUCACUUUGGUUGUCAGCGAGUGAAAAGGUGAUCAGACCAACAACAAGUGCAUACAUCUAACUCAGAGAACUACUUUCUCCUCAAGAAACACAAAAACCAAGCAAAUGUAGCCAAGGAGAAAGAAAGAAAGUAAAUUAAUUUUCGGAGUCAAGUCAAGCACAACUUCUCCGCUCGUUUGUUGACUUAUGAAUUACGUGAUGCCUGGGAGCAGCAGACGACGAGAGAUGUCCACUUCCUACUUCUUUCUCUUUUUCGUGGUCAGCUCAUCAGUAGGCGUGUUCCUCCUCCUCCCAUCAUCCACUUUGGCGGGACGACCACCACGCCUGAUUGAGACCCCAGUGGACUCCAUCGUCCCGAGAAAUGAACCUGCAACCUUAAAUUGCAAAACGGACGCAUCACCAGCUGCACAGAUAACCUGGCUGAAGGAUGGAAAACCAAUCAGAGCGGGUGGACUUCGCAACUUUCUCCCAUCUGGGGCUCUAUUCUUUUUAAGGGUGCGGAGCAACGAUUCCGGGGUUUAUGCCUGCGUGGCCACAAAUACGUUUGGAGAAGUUAUCAGCAAAAACGCCAAACUUGAUGUCGCAACAUUGCAAACAGAGUUCAAAACGUCCCCUCAAAAUGCGUGGGUGGCUCAAGGAGACAAUGCAGUAAUGGAAUGCGAUCCACCACGAGGAAAUCCUGAGCCUAAAGUUGUCUGGAAGAAGAACGGAAAUGUUAUCGAUAUUAAAUCCAAUGAACGAUACACCCUUCUUGGUCCUGGGAGUCUCAGCAUAUCCGAAGUGCGACAAUCUGAUGAAGGAAAAUACGUCUGCACGGCGAAGAAUAUUGUUGGUAGCCGACAAAGUACAACUGCCUUGUUACGGGUUACAAUUCGACCAGAGUUUACGAUCCGUCCUGGAAAUACGUCUGCACUCUUGGGUGGAGACGUUUCCCUCUCCUGCGUUGCAAGGGGCGAUCCUCCAGCUGAAAUAAUUUGGAGAAAGGUGGAAGGACCACUCCCCCUCAAACGGGUUCAUUUUGAUGAAGAACGUUUGCUCAUUUCUAACGUGUCCUACACAGACAGUGGGAUCUACAAUUGCGUUGCGGAAAACAAGGCUGGAUCAGUAAUAUCAUCAGCAUCAAUAAAUGUUCUUCCUCUCCCAAAGCUGACCAUGACCCCAACCGACGUUGAAAUUCAACCGAAUGCUACAGCAUAUUUUGGUUGCGAGGCCACCAGCCACGGAUAUGAUGUCAUCAUAUUUUGGAUGAAGGAAGGUGGUCACACACUGAUAUUUCAAGGUAGCAGACAGGAUGGGUUGCAAGUAACGCCACAGGGAACUUUGCAGAUUGACAACAUAACUGAACGAGAUGAAGGGUACUACUUUUGUGCAGCAGUGAGUCCUGCUGGUUCCAUCAUUCAUCGUGUUCAUCUUAAGGUCACCCCCGUGGAAGAGCUGCCUCCCCCCAUUGUGCUGAUGGGUCCAGCUAAUCAAACCCGUCCCGUGGGUGCUGUGGCUGUCUUGCCAUGUAUUGCCAUAUCAAAUGCUGGUCCGCAACCGGUAAUAACCUGGUACAAGGAUGGAAAUUCGUUCCUUCUGGGCCACCGCAUAUUUACCGAUGACGCAGGAACCCUUCGGAUAAAUGAUCUUGAACUCGAAGACUCUGGCCAAUACGAAUGUGUGGCCUCAUCUCGGAGUGGAAAGUACGUGUGGAAAUCCCAACUCUCCGUCGUCCCACCAUCUGCUUCGAACAAAGCUUUAUCGUCAAAUGGGUUUGACCCCGUUCGGCGACCUCCUCCUCCGCACCAACCUUACGUUAUUAAGGUGGACUCAUCGUCCAUUACGAUCGCUUGGAAUCCGACACAAUACCAAUCCCAUUCCCUGCCUGCAGAAAUGGAAUUUAAUUCUGUUCCUAAAACUCCAUUAAUUUUUGAGCCAAAAAAGGAACCACGUGAAGAUUUCAUUACCACUGACAAAAAAGGGUCAGUUGAACCCUCAUACAUUGACGAUGAUUACUACGACAGUGGCGAAGCUGACAAUUCUGCACGACGGAAUAGGCGGUCUCCUUCUUCCGGAUCGUCUGCAGAAUUUGGACCGUCUGAAACGGACGCAUUUUUUAAAGCUCUGGAAAAACCCCAUCGUUUUAGUUCUGGGAAAUUUCUUGAAACUGAAUCAUCGCAAGAGCAAGAAUCUAGUAUUGGAUUUGGGGAUGUUGUGAGCCAAAUCAUUACAAAUAAAGAAAAGCUGGAGGCUGAAGGGAAUACAGAAGAGGAAUAUGAGUACACGGAUGGGGAUGACUAUGAUGAAGAUGGGCAGGAUUCCCGUAAUAGUGCUGGGGAAGAUAAUGAAUCCACAAAUUUGGUUUUGACAACUAGUUCAACUACAACAUCCACUACCAGCACUACCACAACUACACCCACCCCAACAACAAGUACAGGAAAGCCCAUCACCAGUAGUCUGGUAAACCCAAAGGAAUAUGUGAACCUACAUCAUUUUAAGCCAGAUCCACCAAUGACAUACAAGGUUGAAUAUUAUUCUCCGGAUGAAACAAAGUCCGAGUGGCUCCUCGGAGCUACGGCCGUCUCAGAACAGACCUUUACACUCCAGCACCUCAAGUCCAAUGCAGAAUACAUCUUCUUCAUUCGAAGUGUGUCCCCGGAUGGUAUCGCAGUGAGCGGCCCCAGUGCAAUCUCCCUUCCUGUCCGGACACUGCAUUCAGGGAGUAAAAAUACAGAGAUGGAGGAAAUGCUAAAAAUUGCUAGAAACAAACUAGGGGAACGCAUUAUUGCCAUUUUAAAAAAUGUGUAUGCAACUUCCUCAACUUCCGUGAGGAUUGAAUGGCAGAUCGUUUCUACGUCAGAGUUUGUGGAAGGCUUUUACAUUUACUAUCGACAUCUUGACGACCAAAUGAGCUAUAAAAAACAAGACUCUUCCUCCUCCGGAAGUUAUCAAAUGUUGACGGUGCUUAAUGCGGGUGCAUCCAGCUUCCUAAUUGUGGGACUUGAUAAGUUCGCAACAUAUCAAGUUUUCCUUGUCCCCUUUUAUAAGAAUGUAGAAGGAAGACCGUCAAACUACGUCAAUGUUUCAACUCUGCAAGAUGUGCCCACAGCAGCUCCAAAGCUAAUUGAACCAACGCCAGUCAACAGUUCGGCUCUAUUGGUGAGAUGGGUUCCUCCUCCGGCUUCCGGUGUCAAUGGAAUAUUGUUAGGAUACCAGCUCCGAGUUUGGCAAGGAUCGUCAUUAAUUGGGAACAAGACUGCAGAUUCUCGGGUAACAAGUAUCAUCCUCAACAACUUGAUGCCUGGACAAAGUUACAGCCUCCAAAUAGGCUCCUUUACCUCGAAAGGAGUCGGCGUGUUUUCGCCAAUGCGAAGUCUCCACUUUUCCCCAGAAAUACCGAAACCUCCGAAACACAAGAAUCCCCCAGUUGUUGAGACUGAUUUCUCCAAUAAAAUUGACACGCAUGCAGCAACAACACCGCCACAUCUCGAUAAUAAUAUGCCCAAACUGGACAAUCGCAUCCCAUUAAUUCCUCCUCCAGACAAAAGGAAUGAAGAUUUGCAAGGCAUCGCAUUUGGAGGGGCAGCCGUUAACGCAAAUAAUGACGUUUUUUCAGAAGCUUGGUUCAUAGCUCUCAUUGGCUCCAUUAUAUUCGCCAUGAUGCUGGUCUUUGUCUUUGCCCUUUAUUUGAGAAGAUGUCAAAUUCGUGCAGAAGGAGAUAAGCUUAAAGUGUCAGCAGCAGAGAUUCCGGAUGGCUCGAUUCCACCCCAUUACACAGGCGAGGAGGGUUUAUGGAUUGACCAGAAGACGCAGUUGACCCUCAAAUCAGUCGGUAUGGGGCUCAAGAUGUGUGGAGAAAAUGAAUACGAAAAUGCAAACAAUUAUGCCGUGGUGGAAGACCGACAUUCUCCCAUUGCGUAUGCCACCACAACGCUGGUGAAUCCUCAAAAACAUAAGUCAUCGUUUAGCGUAUUUGGUGGGGACUCGCUUACCUCAAAAAGUGGCCUUGGCCGUGAAUACAUUGGAGGUUACAACAAAAUUGGUGGUGGAGGUGGAUGGAUCUCAUCGUCAGCCAUUAAUCCCAGUAAAUCUUCUUCUCUAAAUCAUAGCUCUGGAGACAUGAAGAAGCCACCUCAAUGGCUGUUAAACUCAAACGCAAGUCCAGUGGGGAAUGGGAUAGUCUUUAACAAUGGUGCUGUUGUUGGAAAUAAUGGACCCUGCUCCUCCUCUCAGUCCUCCUCGUCGCACUCGUCUGCUUCCUCCGAAGCCCUCAUGAAGGGACAUCACAUUAAACAAAGUACUAAAAUGUCCCUCAAAUCAAAUUCUGGUGAUAGCAAGAAUGGUAGUGGUGGACACAACCAUGUUAAAGGUCGUGGUGGAGGUGGUAGUCGACCCUCAUCCCGUGGUCAAGGAAGGGAAGAUGAUCACAACGAGUACAUGGAUAUGGAAAAUCAUCCGGAGCAUUAUUUCUCUGAGGAGUUCAAGCCAUCUCCGAUGACCAUGGGUGGACAUGUGCUAAGUACUUUCCAAACACCUCUGCCAUCCAGAAAACUUUUGGUUGUGGACUUCUCCUCUGGGUCACCAAUUACUUCGUCCACUGCAUCCUCGAUGCAACAAAGACUGAAUGAGUACGAGUAUCAUCAACAGCGACAACAACAACCAGCAGAAGGUGCCAGCCUUCCCCAGUAUGCACACCCAUCCCACCUCAGAAAUCAUAAUCAUCACAAUAGUAGUCAUCAUCCUUACCAAUAAUCAGUAGGAGACGGUAUAAAUAGAUCUUAUGAGUCAUAAGCUAUGACAUGACAUGCUGAGAAAAACAAAUUAAUUUAACAAGGCAGUAUAAUAAACUCUCUGGAACUUACAUAAGUAAUGAAUGUAUACUGCAUUAUAACAAACGAAUGACGGUUUGAUAUAACUGAAUUGCUUCACCAUGGAUUGUUUGAUACAAUGAUAAUUUGUACUUUAUGUGUAUCAUAGUAAUUAAGUAGUCAGUUAUGUUUUAUGUGUGUACGCGUGAAUUGGAUAUCGACAACUUAAAUUAAAAAUGUGUAAUAUGAACUCAGGUACAAAUGUACAAAUUUAGCUACAGAUUUAAAUAAUAUUGACCCCGGUAAUUACUAAGAGCUUAAAUUAUGUCUUUGCAUGAUGUCAUCAGUCUUAUACACAUACAUAUUUACGUAUUUUUGUAAAAUAUUUUUUUAUUCUUCUGGAAAGGUGCUUUAUUAAAUUGUAUGCGAAGCAAACUUUUUAUUUUAUUCGUUGGUUCUUAGAAUUGUUUACUUUUGCUAGCACUUUAAUUUUCUGAGUAGAUUUAUGUGCCAAGUUUCGUCUGACGCAUAUGCAUUGAACAUGCAUAAUUUGUUUUAAUGCAUGCGACCUCUCACAAAUUAUUAUGAAUCUCAUUGCUGCUAAAAGUGCUAAUAACUAACUUGUAACAUAUUUUGGGUCAUUUUUGUACGAAAUUGUUUAUUUAUUAAUCUGUAUAGUUAAGGAAUAUCUGCAUUUAAAUAUAAUAUUAUUACACGAAGUAUGUACGCCAUGUCACAAACGCAAGAUUCUUAAACGCUGUGUUCGUAGUAGAACAACUAUUAAAUUAAAUCACAAAAACCUACGUAAGUAUUUUAUACGUACCUUAAUCUUCAAUACUUGAAAGCAAAUAUUGGAAUAUUAUGUAUUGUAGGUACAAACGGAAUUGUACAUAUCAGAGACAUAAAAAUAAAAUCAUGACAGAUGCAAAA